UUACGCAUUAGAUAGAGUGAUCUUGACGAGUACAUAGCCACCUGUUUGGGUCGUGGUGAGAUAUAUAUCAUGCGAAUUACGCAUUCUGGUUGAUCAGUCGUUGGACAUAAUACCACUGCUGGAGGUGGAUUUCACAAUAUUUUGCCCUUCGAAGAAUUCGGUCAAUUCGGCCUAAAAAGACAUAUGAGAGGUGUUUGUCUGUUAGAUUGCUUCUGUUUAGAACCGGUGGAAUAGGUUUUGUCAUGUUUGUGCAUCUCUCGUCUGAAGGGUAAGUUAUCUUCAAGUGACCCUUGAGAUGAUUCCACCUUAACACCACCAUGCAUUUGACACUAUUAGCCGUGUUCUUCACCUUCCUCACCAUCAGCGGGGGUAAUAGCUACUACACUGGAGGAGCAUGUCCUCACAAUUGUCGGUGUACAGCACGUGUCCAGGACCGCAGUAGCCAUCUUCGGCGGAUGUACAUGAGCCAAUGGAUACAGUCCAUGUACAGAUAUGGACAGAAAAAGGACUAUAACAAACAGACGAACACAAUCAAUGAGGGUCGGGAAAUGUUGUGCCUAGGGUUACAGAGACUGCCGUACUUCAUACCCCCAGAUCUGAUUAAACUGCAAAUCUAUGGAGGAAAACGUGGCCUACGACGUCUCGCAGAAUCAGGUAUUCGUAACGACGAUGCACGGACUGGUAGACAGACCUCCUUAGACAACAGGGUUCCCAUCUCAUACUACCAAAUAUCAACCCUGACAAGGAAUGCCUUCAGUCGCUCCAGACAGCUUCAGGAACUGUCAAUAACUGGUAACCGGAUCAAGCGGUUACAACCAGGAGACUUUGAAAUGUUGACAAAUUUGGAGAAACUGACUCUAAGAAAGAACAAGAUCAAAGGUGUUGAAGAGAAAACCUUUCGCGAUCUAGUCAGUUUGGAGCGGUUAGACCUGGGAGAUAAUCGCCUCAGAAAGAUUAAGAGAGACCUAUUUCAUGAUGUGAUCAAUCUAAAGGAGUUAAAGCUGAAAAGGAAUCGCUUGAAAGUACUGCAUCCAGACACGCUAGCUCGGUUAUCCAAGCUACGUGUUCUUGACCUUUCACAGAAUUCAUUGCGCGAUCUUGAACGGGAUAUGUUCCUCAAGAAUCGAGAUCUUCAGGAGUUGAACCUUGCUGGUAACCAGUUCAGAAAGAUACGGCCGGAGUGGAUGCAGGCUCUUCCUAAUCUUAAAAGCUUAGACUUGAGCGAUAACAACAUGGGCGUGAUCCCAGCCAACAUCUUUGCUCCGCUUCCCUCACUACGCUACCUCAACCUGGCCGGCAACAAUAUAACCAAUGUGUUCAGGAAUGCCUUUACCCCGGUCAAACAUCUGGAAAAGUUAGAUCUAUCCAGGAAUAAACUGAGGUACAUCGCAGCGUUUAGCUUUGCAGAUCUGCAGAAUCUGAGAGAUCUUCGGCUUUAUCAGAACCACAUUGAAAUGCUUGCAAAAGGUACAUUCACUGGUUUGAAGAAGCUUCAAGUUCUAUCAUUGGCGAAUAAUAACAUAAAAGAGCUGCAGAACACGUCAUUCGUUGCGUUCAAACAUUUGAAGAAAUUCGAUGUUUCUCACAAUAAGAUAAGGUAUAUCAAGAUGCGGACUUUAAGUGGACUUCUCAACCUCCGUGACCUUGACAUUAGCCACAACGAGAUUUCCAAAGUCGAGGACGAGGCUUUUGCCGUCAGUUUGAUGAACCAUUACUCAAAGAUCACCUGGCUCGAUCUCGAAGGCAACAAGAUCGACAUGUUGACAAGCAAAAUGUUCGUUGGUGUCCCUCAUGUGAAGUCUAUGGACCUGAGUCACAAUCUUAUCAAGGAAGUCGAACAGAGUGCGUUCAAAUCUAUGAAGGGGCUCCAUAAUCUUAAACUUAAUGGGAACAUUAUUGGGAUCCUGAAGCCCGGUGUGUUCAAAGACUUAAAAAUGCUACGCAACCUUGACAUGUCAUAUAAUAAACUACCAAAUAUAACCUCCAACACAUUACAAGGUCUAAAAAGCACUGAAGAAGUUGACUUUUCGAAUAACAGGAUCAGCUAUGUUGCAGAGGAUGUCCUGGCGGAUGUUCCGAAGCUGAUGAAACUAGAUCUGUCCGGGAACAAGUUGUCUAGAGUCGCCACAAAAAUGUUCCAAACAACACACAGUCUUCGUAAUAUCAAUCUUGCCAACAACUCCAUGCUGCUGUUCGAAGUCAACUCAAACCAUGAGUACAAGCUGAAUUCUCUUGAUCUUUCCGACAAUAACAUUAGGGAGAUAAGCAGUGUUAUCUUGGCUUGGAUGGGCCCGAAUGGUACCGUAGGGUUCAGCGGGAACCCGUGGAGCUGUAACUGCAGGAUGCAGUGGCUGGGUGAUGCUUUGCGGAAGAGCAACCUGAACUACCCGAAGGUUGACCAAGUGACGUGUAAGGUGCCGCAGGGUAUGGCUGGUAGAAAGAUUAACACGAUGACCAUCAGUGACUUCGUCUGCGAUACACAGACACCACCCUCCAACGAGUUCAUCAAUAGAGGGCGCUACCACAUCGGCUGUCCCGCCAACAAGUCUCCUACUGCUAGUCAAAAGCCAAUCCUUGAGCAAUGGCACGUCACAGUAUUCGACAAGUACAAAAAUCCAGUGUGUGGUGGUGUCCGGAUAGAAGACAACUGGGUACUCACGCACGCCAGCUGUUGGCUCAACAAGAGCAUUAAUGCGCUCCAUAUUGCUAAUGGCGACGUAUUGAUGAAAGCUGGAGGCACCCACAGAUCAAGCCGCGGGGCAUUUAGGGUGGCGAAUGUCUACUUUCAUCCGAGAAUGAGCAUCAUACCCACCCUGGAGGUAUCGCCUCUCGCGCUGGUCAGGAUAAGGCCAAUCCUUCCAAACUUAGCUGGCAGGCCGAAACCAGUGAACACGUACCCGUGCAUCAGGCCAAACCUUGGAAGUGUCGUGCAUGAUAAAAGUUAUUUCCUGACAGCAAAAGACGUAACUGUUAAACCAGCAACAAGAGUAAAGAUAAAGACUCUUUCCCUUAUCCCGUAUAGGGACAACGGCUACUGCGAUGGCAUGAGGUUUAUCUGCGUGAAGAACUCCCGUUAUAAGUUUUCGCCGCAUAAUUUCAAUACUGAUGGUGCCCCCAUGUACAGUACCCAAGACUUCUCAUUAGUGGCUAUCCGAAGUAUGCGGAUCUCGCCUUACAAUGCCGAGCAGAGGUUCGUAGGACUGUCAGAGUUCGUCCCUUGGAUUGAAAAGACGCUCGCCCAACAUGCUGCGGAGUAAAGAAAGUGUCUCGACACGUCAGGCGAAAAAUUAUUUUCAGGGCAUAUUACCGUCUAUCAAAUGAUUGCACAAGUCAGUUUUGCUCUGUGAUAUGUUCAUUAAUCUUUUGGCGGUAACUACGGAGAUAGGUUUCACAAACCUUACGCUGGUCCGUUCGAGCUCGAACAGUGUACUUCGUAAACAGGCAGGACCCGCCUAAUGGUGAUUGCAGGGCGCAUUUCUUAGUGUCGUGUAUUACACUUCGAACUAUCUGGUUCGCCUUGAUGCGCAGAAGUAGAGUAGCGCUUAUUAAUGUUAUUCCGACAAGGUUACCAUUACAACAGAUGGUCUAACUAUGCAAUUAAAUGUGUUCAUAAUCCACCCGACUUUGAUUGGUCAAUGGGCUGACGAAAUUCAAGGUCAGCACUGCAUUGAUUCCUCAAUAUCAGUAUCGUAAUAAAUGAAUCUCCGUUCA